AUUGGCACUUUUAAAGCACAUGAUGGGGAAUAUUUUUUAGAGCCACUGAUGAAUCCAGGUGGAGAGGAGUAUGAAGAUGUGGACAGCAAACCCCAUCUCCUCUAUAAACACAAAGCAAACGGUGCAGCUGUUUCUGGAAAUACACAGCCAAAUUGUGAUACUUCAG